AUUUGCGUUUACUCGAUCCGUGUUGUGUCUGUCCACCACCAGCAGAAACUGAGUUUACUCCUGGUAGUAGCACUGUUGUUCCCGGUGUAUUUUCCCAGAAGAAAUGGCUGAUUUUGCAGACGAUACUGGAGCUCGAGCAUUGCUGGCUCUAAAAUCUGCACCGUGUAGCCCGGUCAGAGUGGCAGCUGCACCCCUGUACACUCUGUCCUCGAAUUCGGCAUCCAUGGCGUUCUCAGCGCCCCAGGCCCUUGCGCGGUUGGAAGGCAGGGAUUUCGAGUUUGUCAUGCGCCAGAGGACCGUGACCGUGGGUCGGAAUUCAUCGCACGGGUCUGUAGAUGUCAACAUGGGCCAUUCGAGCUUCAUAUCUCGGCGACAUUUCCAGAUAAUUUUUGAAGAGCCAUUUUUUUACCUACGUUGCUUAGGGAAGAAUGGCGUAUUCGUUGACGGCAUAUUCCAGAGGAGAGGCGCUCCCCUGUUUCAACUACCAAGAGAGUGUACCUUCCGGUUCCCCAGCACAGUUAUCAAGAUCCACUUCACCGUACUCCACCACAAGGAAGCGCCGAAGGCUGAGGCCGCUCUGUCUCCAGCGAGGCCUCUCUAUCCAUCCGCCUCCCCGCUGAAGAUCCACAUUCCCGAUAACGACUUCCGGAGCCUGAUGAGCCCGCUGCCCUCUCCGACCGGAACCAUCAGCGUUCCUAACUCCUGCCCAGCGAGUCCACGUGGAGCAGGGUCCUCGGGGUACAGAUUUGGAAACAGCAUCACCUCUGACCUGCAGCUGGCAGCGGAGUUUGCCGCCAAGGCGGUGUCGGAGCAGCGGGCAGACACUUCUGGAGAUGACAGCCCCAAGGACGAAUCCAAGCCUCCGUACUCCUAUGCCCAGCUCAUAGUCCAGGCCAUCUCCUCCGCCCUGGACAGGCAGCUGACACUGAGUGGCAUCUACGCCCACAUCACCAAAAACUACCCUUACUACCGAACGGCAGACAAAGGCUGGCAGAACUCCAUCCGGCACAACCUGUCCCUGAACCGUUACUUCAUCAAAGUGCCCCGGUCUCAGGAGGAACCGGGCAAGGGAUCCUUCUGGAGGGUGGACCCCUCGUCGGAAGCCAAGCUGGUGGAGCAGGCCUUCCGGAAACGCCGGCAGAGAGGCGGGUCCUGCUUCCGCACCCCCUUCGGCCCCCUCUCCUCCAGGAGCGCCCCUGCAUCGCCCACCCACUUGAGCGGCUUGCAGACCCCAGACUGCCUGUCCCGAGAGGGCUCCCCCAUCUCACACGAGCAGGACCUGGGCUCCAAGCUGGCGUCCGUGCCCGAGUACCGCUACACGCAGAGCGCGCCAGGCUCCCCGGUCAGCGGCCAGCCGGUCAUCAUGACCAUGCCACCGCAGCCCGCCGGGGGAGGGCCCAAGCCGCUGGCCUACCUGCCGGCCUCCCUCCUCGCCCCUCAGCAGCCCCCGGGCCACGCCCUCCACGUGGUGCAGCAGGCGCCCACCGUCACCAUGGUGAGAGUGAUGACUACCUGCGCCAGCUCCCCCAACGGGUACAUCCUGGCCAACGCCAACCUGCCGGGGAACCAGCAGGGGGCAGGAGAGAACUCCGGUGGGCGAAGAGGCACCGGGGAGGAGAAGACGGUGGUGAGCUUUGCGUCUCUCCCCACGGCGAGCCGCGUGAUCCAGGCGGUGGGCAGCCCGGUGGGCGGGGUCGGUGGCGGGCAGCAGGCCUUCACCGUCCUGCAGCAGACGCCUGUCUCCGUGGGCCAGCACCAGCUCCCCGUCCGGCCCGUCACCCAGAACGGCAAGCACGCCCUCCCUGUCACCAGCAUCUCCGCCGGCACCUACGCGAUCACCAACCCGCUUCAGAUGCUGGCAGCCCAGGCCUCCAGCUCUCCCCCAGUCCUGGUGAACAGGCCGGCCAGUACAGAGGCUGUGGAGCCAGGCUCCACAGCAGGCGAGCCUGAGGCCAAGAGGCCUAAGGUGGAAGAUGGUGAAGCCGCACCGGUCCCUCAGCCGGUUAUUGUAGCCAUGAACCAAGAAGCCAGUGAAUAAAGUUGCAAGAUGAAAAACAGGAUUCAGUGGAGAGGGUUCUUACGUGUUCUUCAGUAUAUAAACCCAAUGUGCCAAACAAAUGAGGGCGGGGGUAUCUUAUUGUGUGCUUACACGGGAUUCGAGAGAGCAAUUCAGCUGUUCAAAUAGAGACAACUUAUUGUAACCUGGGGUAUUUUUUUGUUAUCUUGCGUUUGAGCCCUGGCUUUUCACUUUGUUUAAGGCAUUGUCCAUUAAGCCUUAACACAAGAGGUGUACUGCUGUCUGAUUUGCGGGGGGAAAGGUUAGCCGGUAGCUGGAAACGCAAAUGGUCCCUGACAACAGAGAGAAGAGAACCUACCCACUAAAGUCCUCAAAAAUAAGAGCAUUCAUAUUGUUGUUCAGCUGGUACCCUCAAAGUACUUCUUUAUUAAAUCGCAAUAACCAGGUUAGGUUGGGACCAAAGCUGCUGCAGCCAUCUAUCUGACUUGAGGUAGUCUCUCUAAUGAAAUCGCUGUUGAGAGUCCUGUGCUUUGAGGGGGUGUCAGCUUCCUAUACAAGUUCUUGUGAACAGAGAUUUAUUCAUCUUUUUUCUAUUUUGUUAGCUUCCAGUUGUGAUACCUGCUAUUUUUUAAAAUAAAGGAUGUUACAGAUAAAUGCAAGAAACUAGGGAAAAAAAAAAACACCGGAAAGUUUAUUUUAUUUUUAUCUGGUGUCCACUUUAAUAUGUUUAUACGAAAUAUUUUUCUAUUAUCAUAGUACUUGCAUAAAAAAAAAAGAAAUACUCAUCUCAAAAUCGUCACCGUUUGUGACUUGUCUACCCUACCUGCGCAAUAUCAAAUUCACUCAAUGAAUGUACUUUUAUCUGUUUUACUAAUGGUCUGUGGCCUCUGUGUUUGUCAUUAUUCUUCAUUAAGUAUUCUAGGUACAGGUGAAGGUAGUUUAAUAAUUACCGUAAGGGAAAUUAUUUGUGGUAAAAAAAAUUUUUUUUAAAAACUAGGAAAAAAUACUGACCACUAAAGGGCCGCCCUUUCUGUUUAGUUUAAGUGCAGUCGUCAGCCAGUUGCAUGUGCUUCUUUAGGUUCACAGAAGGAAAUGCUGUACAAUAAGCAGUCUGCCCUCCCAAAUAAUGGACUGGCCUAGACCUUUUCAUUUCAGUUUGCAGAUUUACACUUGUACGGCCAUUACUUUCUAUGCUCUAUUACUGUCAGCAGACAUUACAUUACAUUGAUAUGUUAAUGAAGAUGCAUUGACUUGACAAAUGAAAUUAGAAUGAGAGAGAAUUCGAUUCUACUAACCCAAGGGGCUAUUGCUAUUUGGAAUAGUGUGAAUGUGGUUUCUUAUGAAAAUACAUAGCCGCUAAAUUUAAUCUACAGACAAAAAAAACUAUUCUUGAGCAUUCUGUCAGAACAUUCUUAGGUCUCUCCUUUGUAUUCAUUCUUUUUUUAAAUAUCAUGUUUAUUUUUCUGAAGUGCUGAUCCAGGAAGGAAGCCACAAGAGUUGAGUGAGACUGUUUGAAAAUCUGGGAUUUCCAGGAAAGAAAAGCAUUGGGCACAGUGAUCCUAAAUCAAUGCCUCCAAAAAAAAAGAAAAAAAAAAGAACAAAAAAACUUUUUAAUAGAUCUUUUAUAUAAAUAAUAUUAAUUUUAAUAUCUUAUUUUUGCCACAUCCCCCAUUUAGCCGGAUUAAAAUUAUGAGCAUCAGGGAACAUCAGCGGAAACUGACAAACCGUGAUGACGGUGUCGGAUGGGCAAAGGUACAUUUACAAAAGUCCUCAAAAGGUUUAAGGUUUAAGGUUUAAAAAUAUUGACAUGUUUUAGAAAAUGUGCUCUGGUACUUGCAUGCAUGAAGCAAGCAUUCCGAAGAAUGGCCUGUAAGACUAGAUUUUUGUCCGCAGCUAGGUUAGACAUAACUAACUUUGAGUGCUUUCUCUUCAUAAGAGUAAACAUAAACAUACAGCCCAACUGAAGAAAAAUGUUUCUGUAGAUCAUUUAAAGAUGCCAAAAGUAAUCUUGGGGCGUGACUUCAUAGUUAAUAAGUGUGUAAGUACUUGGACGUUAAAACUGCCACAAGAUUGAGACAGCAUCGUUGCUUCAAGAGAAAUGUGCUGAAAGAACUUACACUUUCCACAAUUAAAUUGGAAUUUUCAUUUUGCAUGAAACUACUUCACACCUACUUGUGUUAUGACAUUUGAAAAUAAUUCUCAAACCACAGUUUUCCAAACAGAAGAAUUUUAUGAAACUGGUGCACUGUAAUUAGCUUCUUUCUUUUUUACAUUUAAAAUUUGCCGUUCAAAAUUUCAGGUAAAAAAAUGAAUGGUUGGGCCAAGAAAUACUUGUGUCUAAUAAAGAAUGUCUAUGACCGAGGCAGUAUUGUUUUACAGUUUAAGUCCCUGUAUCUCUUGUAGUGUCAUUGUCUAUUUAAAAAGCAAAUGUUAUAGAUGUCAGUGGAUUAAAUUGAAGGAUUAGCUACCCUUUUGCAUCAUGAGGAAGGAGUAGUCUCCAACAUCUUUCAUUGAAACACUAAUCUGUGAAGUUAAACAAAACAAAUUUGUUUUAAAUGAAACAAGCUAUUUAUGCCAUUUGUAGUGGCUGUAACAUAUGUUGACUAUAGUAAAUAUUACAGUAAUACAUUGGUAAAAGUAAAUGAGAUGCCCUAAAAGUAACUAUUUUAUUUCUUAAGCUUUGUUACUGUAUGCUCAUGCUUUGAAUGGAAACCUCAAAGUAGUGACAACACAUCCUUAAAUUGUAUAAAAUCAGUUUUACAGAUGGCUCUCCUGCUCAUUUGUACAAAGGGAUAAUUCCGUUUUUUGCUAUUUUUUCUAAUUUCGUAAAUGUUUUGUUUUUGUUUCUUGUUUUUUUCAGCCCAGACACAUUUUGUGUGUAACUAAUGAUAUUUUAAGUUGUUAAAAGAGUUUAUGUUGACCUGCUUUACAAUGGCUGAUACAGGGGCAUUCAGGGGUUUGUCGUCUAUAGCAAGAACUUAGUCCAGAGCAGCUUGAACAGUGUAGCUACAAAGCAACAUUACAAUAUUAAAUAUUCAAAAACCCUCUAAAAUGCACUUGCCUUUUAAUACUUCCCCUUUGUUUUCUUUGUCAAAUACGUUUGAUAAAUGGUUUAUUUGUUCAUUGCCAACAGCAAUGAUUUUUAAAUGGUAACAGUCUAAUUUAUUGACAGACAUACAGUACGACUGCAUCAUGUCCUGAACUGGUACUGUAUAUAAAAAAAUAAAAAUCACUCUUCUGAAUUAAAUCGGGGAUUUACAUUUGGAGAACAUUGUUUAAUAAGUGUCAAAAAGGUCGGUCUGAAGUAUUUGGCUCCUGUCCAACAAAUGUCUCUCAACAUUAAAAUGUGAGAUGGAGCCAUUGGUGUAGCACAGUUUUGUCCUUGUUCAUUAAAAAUCACCUUCACACCUUUUAAGCAAA